GUACCCGUUGCGCCGCGCCAGCAGACAGGCAAGACCCGACCCUGGGAAUAAAAAAACACGCAGCCCGUCUGUUUGAAGAUUAUUUUAUUGCAGCGAGGUAGGGCAGUUCAGUGAAUUUCUCCAUGAAUGUACGUCACAAUGAUGAUGACAGACCAGAUUCCACUGGACUUGGCUCCGCCCCCCCUCCUGAACGGGGAGGUCCCUCUCAUGCCUCACAUGGUUAACGGUGACGCAGCGCAGCAGGUGAUCCUCGUGCAGGUGAACCCGGGGGAGACGUUCACCAUCCGGGCGGAGGACGGCUCACUGCAAUGCAUCCAGGGUCCUGCUGAGGUCCCCAUGAUGUCCCCACAUGGGUCAAUUCCCCCCAUCCACGUCCCCCCAGGAUACAUCUCACAGGUUCUGGAGGAUAACACAGGCGUCCGCCGGGUGGUGGUGACCCCCCAGUCUCCAGAAUGCUACCCUCCCUCCUACUCUCCGGCCCUCUCCCCCACACACCACCUCCCCCCCUACCUGACUCACCCCCACUUCAUCCCCAACUCUCACUCUUUCUACCCCCCUGUCAGCCCCGGGGACCUGUCCCCCCACCAGUACUACCAGCACCACCUCCCCCCCAUGUACGGGGAUCCAGAAAUCAUCCCUGUGUAUGGGAUGUCUAACUACAUAGGCAGAGAGGAGACAUACAGUAAGCCACAGCCCAAAAAGAUCAAGGAGAGACAACUAGAGCGACAGAACCGACUCAACUCCCCUCCCUCCCCUCUCUAUAAGGGCAGCCUGGGGCCAGCACACAACGGAUACAGCAACAAAUCACACGCCCCCUCGCUUGGGUCAUUGGGGUCAGGGGGCGGACUCGGCAGUCCAGGAGGGAAGAAGCCAGAGAGACGACUCCGCAGCAGUCCAAGAAACAGUGAACCAGACACACACACACAAGAUCAUGAUUCAGAGGGGAAGCGAGUUCAAGACAUGCUGUCUGCAAUCGACAAACCACAGGUUUCUAAUGUGCAGGCGCGGGCUGCACGGCUGUGCUGGGCCCCCCCGGCAGGGCUGGGGAACAGGUUAAGUAACGGGAUGACUGUGUCCUGCUCCUUCGAGGUCUCUCUCUCAGAUAAGGGACGAGAUGGAAAGUUUCGCCUUAUAUACAGUGGCGAAGAAAUGGAGUACCACCUGAAAGACCUAAGACCAGCGUCAGACUACCACGUACGGGUGUCGGCAAUGUACAACUUGGUUCGAGGCUCGUGUUCAGAGACCGGCUCGUUCACCACUCACUGCAGCAUCCCCGAUGUCCCGCUGAGCCCGAAACUCUCCCACCGCACCAAGAGCACCCUCACCCUACAGUGGAAGCCCCCGGGCGACAACGGAGCCAAAAUUACAAACUACCUGCUCGAGUGGGACGAGGGAAAGAAGAACAGUGUUUUCAGAGAAUGUUACUUUGGGAGCCAGAGACACUAUAAGGUGUCACGACUGUUUCCCGCCUGCGGCUACACGUUCAGAGUGGCUGCACGCAACGACAUUGGCACAAGUGGUUUCAGCACAGAGGUGGUGUUCUACACCAUGGGCACCCUGCCUGCUCUGCCUCUGGCGCCGCGGCUGGUCAGGGCGGGGGUGUCCUGGGUGACCCUGGAGUGGGGGCGUCCUGAGGGCAGUCCGAGCGAGGAGCAACUCAAAUACACACUCGAGAUCCAGGAGGACAACAGCGGAACAGACUUUCAUCCUAAGUACACUGGAGAAAACUUGACCUGUACUGUACAAGGACUGAAGAGGAGUACACAGUAUAAAUUCAGGCUCAUAGCAUCAAACAUGGAGGGAAAGAGCAGUCCCAGUGAAGUGUUGGUGUGCACCACCAAUCCAGACAAACCAGGCCCUCCAUCUACCCCCUGUGUCACUGCAGAAACCCCCUACGGAUUCACCAUCACAUGGGAUCCUCCCCAGGACACCGGGGGCUCAGAGGCUCUAACAUACCUGCUAGAGAUCUCCGAGGGAUGCUCUGAAGCGAGCCAGUGGGAUGUAGCCUACAGUGGUCCAGCAACAGAAUGUGUGUGUGAGCGCCUGACACCUGGGACCUACUACCGCCUACGUGUGUGUAGCAUCACCACCGGAGGACACAGCCCGUGUACUGUUAGUGUUCCGGUCCGUACAUUAAGCGUCCCGCCAGGACCUUGCCAACCACCAAGGAUUGUGGGCAAAGCCAAACACAAGGAAGUGCAGUUAGAAUGGGAAUCCCCUGUCACUGAGGGAGUGUGUGAGGAGUGUGUGUUCAGUCUGGAGAUGAGCGAGGGGGACACUAAGCCAGCAGAGGUCUACCAUGGGUCAGAGCUGCAAUGCACUGUGGGUAGUCUGCUGCCUGGUGCCACAUACAGCUUCCGACUGCGGGCUGCCAACGAAGCUGGGUUCGGAGUGUCCUCUGAGCCAACCGAGGUGACGACUGCAGCGGGCCCUCCUGGCCAGUGCGGGGCGCCGCUCAUCGCUCUCACCAGUAACACCUGCGUAACGCUCAACUGGGAGAGUCCUGAGGGUUCGGGUACAGACAUCUCUGAGUAUCGCUUGGAGUGGGCGAGGGAAGAGGAUCCCAUGGAGCUCAUCUACUGUGGAGCCGCCACUCAGUGUGAGCUGUCCGACUUGACGCCUGCCACAGACUUCUGCUGCAGGCUACAGGCGGUGAAUCAGGCCGGAGCCGGUCCUUACAGCGAGCAGGUGAGUUUCCGGACCCCGGCAACCAAUCCCGACCCGGUCCCCUCCCUCGUCCUCCUGGACCUCCCCACCCCCUUGGAGUCGGGCCAUUCCCCGUCUACCUGCCUCCACCUGAAGUGGGACGAGCCAAACAGCAACGGGGCGGAGAUCAGCUCCUACGUCAUCACCCUGGACGACCAAACCAUCGCUGUGGAGUCAGGGACAAGUCACCUGGUCACAGACCUGCAGCCGGACAGCGAGUACAGUGUACAUAUCCAGGCGGUGAAUGCCAUUGGCUCCAGUCCUUUGAGUCCAACCCUGCUGGUGAGGACACGCCCCCUCCCUCCAGCUCCGCCCCCUCUUGAGUGCUCAGCCUCUGGCCCUCAGAGCCUGAAGCUGAAGUGGGGCGAGAACGCCAGCAACACACACACCCGCGCCCUGCUCGCCAACGACAUGCUCUACACACUACAGAUGGAGGACAAGAACCACAGGUUUGUGACGAUCUACCACGGCCCCAGCCACACCUACAAGAUGCAGCGGUUGACUGAGUCCAGCAGCCACAGCUUCAGAAUACAGGCCAGCAGUGAUGCAGGGGAUGGUCCUUUCUCCGACACACACACCUUCUGCACCACCAAGUCCGUGCCUCCUGCCCUCAAAGCUCCCAGAAUGCACCAGCUGGAGGGGAACACGUGUGAGAUCACAUGGGAGACCAUCCAACCAAUGAGAGGAGAUCCUGUGAGCUACGUGCUACAGGUGCUGGUGGGACGCGAGUCAGAAUACAAACAGGUUUUUAAGGGAGAGGAGGGCGUGUUCCAGAUCUCUGGUCUCCAGGGCAACACAGACUAUCGUUUCCGUGUGGGCGCCUGCCGCCGUUGCCAGGAUACGUGCCAGGAACUGUGCGGACCCCUGAGCCCCUCCUCCUUGUUCACGCUGCGUCGCCAGGAGACGGCGACUUCGGGAGAGCUGUGCCCCGUGGAAACGGGCAAAGGCGUGGGCCUGAUCUCCAGCGACGAGCGCUUCGCGGCGCUCAUCGUGUGCGUGUUCGCUGGCUUCUCCAUCCUCAUCGCCUGCUUGCUACAGUACUUCUUCAUGAAGUGAGGGAAUUUUAACUAUAGGAUAGAAAGAGAACUUAAAAUCACAGAGAAACUCUAAACAAAAGAAGCGAAUGAAAUCAAAAGAAACACUUGAUUUCUACUUCUAAGGCUAUGUAUGGUCUUUUUUUAGUCAAAUUAUCAAUUCUGGCUUUCCUCACCUUGUUCCUGUUGUCUUCAGCCUUCACUGAGUUUCUCAUUUCUCUCUACGUCUCUGGUGUCUGUCUCAUUUGUUUCUGUCGAGGGAAGCCUUGUGUUAGCUGUACCUCGGAUGGGAAAGAAAACUGAUAAUCAAGCCUUAAAAUAGCUGUGAGCGAAGCAGUUGCUUCUCAGACUGACUUGCAUGUUUUUUAUUUUGUAUCUUUUUAAAACAUAUUUGAUUAGAGAACGUGUAUAUUUCAUGACGGUCAUUGCCUUACUUUUUGUUUUUCAAUGUGUAAUUUGCUUCUUUUUUUUUGCUGCAGUCUUUUUUCAUUUCAGCCAUAUUCCAAUGUAGGCCUACAAAGCUUUAGCCGUUCAUACCUUAUUAUUCAGUUACUGCGGACUGUCAGUCAAUACAUGCAAUUCAUAUCUGCUCAGCUUUUAACAUUCAAUCAUUCACUCAUCCAGCUACCAAAGUGAUGCAAAAAGUGUGGUGUAAGAUGCUGCUAUCCUGUGAUUUUAUUAUAUCUAAGAAAGAAUGGAAAACCAGUAAUCUAAUAUAUAUACACACAAUAUAUAAAUAUAUAUUAUAACAAAUAUCUAUGAUGCUAUAAAAGUGAUGUAAUAUAAGUGAUGGCAAUGUAAGGUCUGAAGGACAGUGUGAAAGGGGAGGAUUCGACCCUAGGUGCUCACAAACAGCUGCUCUGAGGUCAGUUCAGCGGCUGGAAGGAGCCCUUAAAUGCAGGUCUCGGAUCAGAAAAUGCACCCUUGUAGGUAUUCGAUUGCUGGGCACAAACUGGCUCUAGCGUUAAGGAAGCCGGGCUGGGAUUGUGAUUGGCUAACUCAACAGGAAAUGAGCUGAUCUCAGUCCUUCCUUAUUCUACCAUCUCAACUACCAGAGCUCCAGCCUUUAAAUCUGUAGCUAAUGAGCCCGUCGGACCCAAAGGUGCCAACAGCCUGCCAGUUAGCUGCGCUUCUCAGAGCUCUGUGUGUUAACCAGGAGAGCCGUUAGGAGUUAGCUUGAGCUUUACCCCCCCCCCCACCCUGAAAUGUCUAGCCAGAGCAGUGCUGAAGCUGUAGUUUCUCCUUCCAGCUAGCCUGUGAAUCAAUAAGUUUGAAGACUCUUCCACCUCUUUUAUCCUCUCCUGCCCAUAAUUAUAUGUAAUUACUUUUUUUGCUCUGGCUGCUCUUUUUCUCUAGCCUUCGAUCCAUCCUUUUCUUUCUGCCGUCUCUCCUUCUUUCUGUUCUCCCUCCCCCUCCCUCUGUUCUUUCUCUAUAUAACGGUGCUUUAUUGACAUGUAAUCAGAGCAGUAGCAAGUCUGCGGCCUCUCCUCAGACGGACAUGUUCUCUGGGGAUUUGAACUAAUGUUCACUAACCAAACAAGCCUUUGACAGAACACAACUCAACAGAGCAGGGCCUUCUGACACACACACGACACACCCCUGACCUCCCGCCUGACACCCUUUAUCCCAUCCCGAAAAACAAAGCCAAGGUACAGCCCAAUACAUACCGUGAUGAUCCAAAGAAGUCACCCUGACCUGCGUGAUUAAUGUGUGACAUGUCUAAUUCUGUCAGGUGGGGUGCAGGGAAGAAGGAGGGGGUUAUGAAACAGUGGGAGGGUUGCGGCCAGCUCUGAUUGGCAGCCUGUAACGUACCUCAGGGAUAAGGCCCUUACAGAGGGGAGAUCUAAUCCUGUCACCCCCAUCGCUGUCAUCAUCGUCAUCAUUUUUAGCUUCUCGUCCUCCGUUUUCUCUCCGCCUCCCGCUUUUAUCUCCUUCUGUCAUUUUUAUUUGAUGCUGUAUCUUGUUCUCUGUCAAUGCUGUGCCUUGCUCCUGUAUGUGUCAGUAAGCAGUGGUUUACUAGCUCAAAAAUACCUUUGCCAAAGUUGAUGGGAAAGUUAAGGUAGAGUUCUUUUCUAGGUUUUAUUUAUACUAUAUAUUUGCAUACAGUACUUUACAUGCCAAUUACAGUGCAAUCUUCAGUUAUUUAUUGUUUAAAGAUUAAGAGACAAGUAGUUAUAUACUAAUUUUUUCCUUGUAGCAUGUUUUUUUUAAUGGAUGUAUGUUAGAUCGUAUGAUUAAGGCCAGCAUUCCUUAUCUCAGUAACCCUUUAAGUAUUUCUCUUACAGCUGUUGGGAACCUGUAGCUCAUCAGUCCAUGCAUUGCAGUUAUCAUUGCCGUUUCAAACAUGUAACCAAAUGCCUUUGUAAUUUCUUUUCUUUUCAUCUCCUGUUUUGGCCGUGCACAGCCGAGCAGUUCUUGUAUUGCUUAGAGAGACAUGUAGCAAAGCAAGGCCUUAGGGUCAGUUCGAGUCAUCUGUAUUGGGAUAAACGUCGCUGCCUUUGGCUUUUUCUUUUCCUGAUUAGUGUUAUAAUGAAGCUUCUGAUAUCUUUUUUACUGUUUUAUUGCCAAAGUGCAGGUUUCUCGUGUCCACUAGAUGUUGCGUUUGCAGUCGUCUAAAGGGUUCUGUGAUGUUCCUCUGUGACGACACAGCAUUACGAUUAUUAUUAUUGUUAUUAUUAUUCUCUCAAAAGGAAAAAAAAACGUUAACUUGAUCUGUGAUUAUGCUUCUUUUCAUAUUAUCUUUUAUUAUUUUGUUUUGUAAAGCAAAAUGUGCCAUUAUGAAAUGUGUAGCCCCUUUCGAAUGACAGUUUUUAACAACCUGAUUUCACACUGAAAGGUAAAAAAAAAUAAAAAAAAGCAAAAACAAUCAUUUGAUGAUUUCAGGCAGAUGAUGACAAUAAUAAUAUUGACGAUUCCUUGUUCAGGCUAGUGCUGGUAUAGCAGUAGUUAGUAUUUUGUAUCCAGUAUUUUGCUAAGAGAUGAUAUACAGAGGUAUCUAUAGAGCUAUAGAAUGAAAUGGUAAUACAUUAUGACUAACAGAGUUUAAGCACUUUUUUAUGCCGAGCAUUAGUCUUGAUGAGGUUAAUAAGAGCGAGAGGAGACACAAAUUCUCUGUACCAAACACUACUGCCAACGCCGUCUGUUACAUUCAUUUGGCAUUAUUCUGUCGUUGGCGUCACUGUGACAUUGGCAUUACUGGAGCAUGGUUCUGUGCUUCUCAAAAUGGCGCCUCGCUACCUGCAGAAUGCAAACUACGGUUCCUUUCUCAGACGUGCUAAUGGCGUGUCUACCUAGCCUGUUGCAUUGUAGUCGACAGGUGAUAUGUGAGCUCUCCUGUCUUUAAACCCCUGAUGUUAUGUUGCCCACCCACAGCCCCUGUAUUCCCCAUUUUACAAGCCUUAAUGCCCCGGUGGGAGAGCAGAGGUGAUUGGCCGAGCUCAGGCCAGUCAUGUUAGUGUUGUAUAGUCCGAGGUUAACGCACUGUUAACUGAAAGGCUGUGUGUUUGUGGGCAGGGUACUCCCUUUAUGUGCUUUGUUGUUUUGUUCUGUUAUUUUUAAAUGCUGGUGAUUUUAUAGAUAAACCCCCCCCCCCCCCCAUCCUGCAUGUCCUGCACAUUUUGCAGGUGUGUCAAGAACGAGAGACAAUUUUUUCGCCCAACAACCCCCACGUCUGUGCCUUCUGAUCAGUUUAUUUUUUCAUUUUUAUUUUUUUUAGGUUUUGUACGUUUUACAGUAAGUAGAGAAUUUUGACUGAGAAUUUGGCGAUUUGAGAAACGUACAGAGACUCACAGGUAUUUAACUAUUUUUUAAGCGAGACAAAAAAACAGAAACAUAUUUUUACCUCACGAUUUAAAAAAAAACAAACAUUCCAAUGUUGUCAUGGUCUACGAAUUGAGAAAAAAAAAGAAAUUCAUGCAUUUCUUCUUGUAUUGUAAAUGUUAGACAAUUUCAUAUGCAUUAUAUAAAAGAAACUGCCAUAUCAAUUUUAAUGUAUAGAUUUUUGCAAAUACUACCCUAUGUAUGUAAGACGUAACUGUAUCGGUAGCGUAUAUAUAAUAUAUUUAUGCCCAAUAAAUGUUUUGAUUUUUUUCUGA